AUUUUGACGUUUCCGUCUCCGGCAGACAUAUUGCUUACAGGAGCAAAUUCUGGGAAGCUAGAAGACUGAACGGAUUUAAAAUUGAUUUACAUCUUCACGACACGAUACACCCAAACGACAUAGGACACAAUGGAGCCGUCAGCCAGUCCGGCCAAAGAUAACUACAGGAUGAACCGCUACAAGAACAAAGCACUGAACCCGGAGGAGAUGAGGCGCAGGAGAGAGGAGGAGGGCAUCCAACUCAGGAAACAGAAACGAGAACAACAGCUUUUCAAGAGAAGGAACGUGGACGUUCUCAAUGAAGAGGAGGCCAUGUUCGAGAGUCCGCUGGUAGACUCCUACCUCAGCUCUCCAGUAACAGAAGGAGUCAUUACCAGAGACAUGGUUGAGAUGCUUUUCUCGGAGGAUCCGGAGCUUCAGCUUGCCACAACACAAAAGUUCAGAAAACUACUUUCCAAAGAGCCCAACCCACCGAUUGAUGAAGUAAUUAACACGCCUGGAGUAGUGGAGAGGUUUGUGGAAUUCUUGAAGAAGAGUGUCAACUGCACACUACAGUUUGAAGCAGCGUGGGCACUGACCAACAUAGCAUCAGGCACAUCCAUGCAGACUAAGACGGUGAUUGAGGCUGGAGCAGUGCCAAUCUUCAUCGAACUACUUAACUCAGACUUUGAGGACGUCCAGGAACAGGCUGUGUGGGCCUUGGGUAACAUUGCAGGGGAUAGCGCGGUGUGCAGGGACUAUGUGCUGAACUGCAACAUCCUUCCACCAUUAUUAAUGCUUCUGACCAAAUCCACUAGAUUGACCAUGACGAGGAAUGCAGUGUGGGCUCUGUCUAAUCUCUGUAGAGGAAAAAACCCUCCACCUGCUUUUGAAAAGGUGUCACCCUGUCUGCCAGUACUCUCCAGGCUUUUAUUUAGCAGUGACCCAGACUUGCUGGCAGACGCCUGCUGGGCGCUGUCCUACCUCUCAGACGGCCCCAAUGACAAGAUCCAGGCCGUCAUCGACUCUGGCGUUUGCAGGCGCCUUGUGGAGCUACUCAUGCACACAGACUAUAAGGUGGCCUCCCCUGCACUGAGAGCUGUAGGAAACAUUGUCACUGGAGAUGACAUCCAAACACAGGUGGUGUUGAACUGCUCAGCCCUGCCCUGUCUGCUGCACCUUCUCAGCAGUGCUAAAGAGUCGAUCCGCAAAGAGGCUUGUUGGACCAUCUCAAACAUCACAGCAGGAAACCGAGCACAAAUACAGACUGUAAUCGACGCCAACAUCUUCCCGGUGCUGAUCGACAUUCUACAGAAAGCAGAGUUCAGGACCAGGAAAGAGGCGGCCUGGGCCAUCACUAACGCCACCUCUGGAGGAACACCGGAGCAGAUCAGAUAUCUGGUGAACCUGGGCUGCAUCAAGCCGCUGUGCGAUCUGCUGACCGUGAUGGACUCAAAGAUCGUUCAGGUGGCUCUCAACGGGCUGGAGAACAUCCUGAGGCUGGGCGAGCAGGAGGCCAAGCAGGAGAACAACGGCACUGGAGUCAACCCUUACUGCAGCCUCAUUGAAGAAGCCUAUGGUCUGGACAAGAUCGAGUUCCUCCAGAGCCAUGACAACCAGGAGAUCUACCAGAAGGCCUUUGAUCUAAUCGAGCACUACUUUGGGGUGGAAGACGAGGACAGCAGUCUAGCCCCUCAGGUGGACCAGGCCAACCAGCAGUUCCUUUUCCCCCAGCAGGAGGCCCCCAUGGAGGGCUUCCAGCUAUAAGCCUGCACUCCUCUCCUCUAAAAUACACCAUUUACCCCCUCCAUACCUCCUCAUCUCAUGGAGGACCCCAAGACGCCUGAGUCAAACCUCCAUGCCCUCUUCCCUGAAAUACCACUACCCCCUCUGCCAUCCCCACAAACACACACAGACACACCCACCCUUUGGAGGAAAGCUAAAACAAAAUGCCCCCCUGUCUUCAUCCUCCUCAACCAGUGGACUGGCUUCGUGCAGGGCAGACUCAUGUGUUACCUGGCCACGAGGAGUGCGCCACACAAACUCCAUUACACUCACUCAGAAGAGGAAGCGAUCGCCUCAUAGCCCAAAGUGUGAGUCUGCUCUUGCUUCAAAUGCACACACAGACAUCCUCCUGCCAUGUGAUAGCUCUCAUUGGCAGAAACGAUGGUUUGUUGGUUAAUAUCUUUAUAGACACGCUCAUUUUUUUUCAAUGGGACAUUCCUGCUUUCAGAGUACCCAUGCAUCCCAAUGCAAAGUCCACAAACUGGGGUGCAUGAGGGGGAAAUACGCCUGGCUCUCGAUGUCAGUCUGAAUAAACCUAGUAACAUGAUCCCUUUUGUUUUAUAAUUAAUUAUUUCCCCCCAACUCUUAUUUAUCUGCACCUUUUUUAGUGCUUGUGUUUAUUUCUUUCUCUACACACUUGAUUUGCUCCCUGAUCGUUAGGCUUUGGGCUGAUCCCUCGAAAUACAUGUCCACCCAAAAUCGAGGGCGUUCCCCUGCCCUCAGUUUGAUGCCCAAGCUAAGAAGUUUGAUUUUAGUUUUUCCUCCCUUCUGUCAACUGUUUUUUUUUUUUUAGUGGGACAAAUUUUGGGGGGAGGGUCGAGGUGGGAAGACGUGUAAACAUUUAUCUGAACAUAGGAAGGGCUCUGGAUGUGUAGUGGAAAAGGGUUUGGGUUUUUUUAGAGGAUAUGUUUAAAGAUCUAGAAAAAAAUAAUCCAGUUUUGGAGGGUGGUAUAGUUAGAGAUCCAAUGUUCGUCGUGUGCUGUGUUAUUAAUAACAAUACAUUUGAAUUAUGAAGUGAUCUAACUAUUAAAGAAGGUGAGCUGGGGAUUUAGGGGGAAAGUGCCGACAGCAGCAGCAAACCAAACAUAUUUUUAUAUUUAAAUGAACUCAAGAGAUUACAGAUGUUUAAAUUAGGAUGAAACACCACCUGUGGUUUGAUUGUCUGGUUGCUGCUGGUUAGCGAGGCCCUGCGCCCCCCACCCCCCCCUGUUGUAUGUGGUAGGUUUUUUGCAUGGUGUUAUAUUACCCUGCGUACAGUCACUGAGUAUCCCUGGCCAAACACGCAGACAGUUGGCACAGAGAGAUAGAGAACAGCGUGAAAAAUCCCGUGAGACAUUGCUAUACACCGCUCAGCGUUUCUUGUUACAGUUAAAAAGCAGGAACUGGGCCACAACUGAAAUGGUUUGGUGGUGUUAACAGUGAUAGUGUAGUGACGGUGGUGGUGUUGUGUAUAGUGGUAGAACUGAUAUAUAACCAAUGGCAUUCUUUAUCACCAUCUUUUUGAGGAAUGGGAAUGACAACUGUUAAUGAUUUUGCAUGGGUCCAUUGUGAUAUGUAUAGGUAUUGAUGUAAAUAGCCUAUCCUCUGCUUGGCAAGGAAACAACCAACCAGAGUUUGGCUGGGGAUACGUCUCUCUCAGACAAGUGACGAGCCUAACUGCAACCAAAAAUUCAAGUAUGAAUAUGUAUUUGAAUUUUGAUGUAUUUGCAUUAUAUAUAUAUAUAAAUAUAUAUCUAUAUAUUUGCGCACACUUCAUGCACACUUGCAUACAACACCAGCAGACACACCUGUACACACACCUCUCACAGAUGAGUGGCUAGUAGCAAGUAAAAAUAGUUUCCGUAGCCUUUGGAGUGGAAAAAGUAGUUUUUCUUUUCUUUUCUUUUUAAAGGUACACGAUGCAGGAAAUGUGCCAAGAAAAAAAAAAGGUAUAGACAUACACUCAUGACCCGCUGCCAGCGUGUAGUGCUGCAUUUAUCUGCAGAGACUUCACCCUCUGCAUGUGCUUUCUUAUUUUGCUGUGGUCAGGAUGUACCUGUGCACAGCCUGCAGGUGAGGUAACACACACACAACUAGACACAAAUAAAGAAAAACCUCAGUGCAAAAUGAAAGUGAAUCUGGGGAUGACUUUAACUGAGAACGUUUACGUGCACAAAAUAGUCCGGUUUUUGCUUUUUUCCAAAAAAGACAAUAUUCCUACUAAGCGGCUUACACAGCAAAUAAAAAUGGAUAUUCCACUAAUAUUCUCGUUCACAUGCAGCCCUUCAUACUCCGAUUGAUGUCCCCCUAUCACGUCACAAGAGAGAACAGUGAAACCACUGGAGCGGCUUGUCUUUUUGCUUUUUUGCAUAUCAGAAAAUAAUUUUUUAAAUGGUAGUGGACCUGUUGGACCGUGUGAGCACAGCCUCCCGCUUUUAUUCCUUUCACCACCUUCUUGAAAAGCUCGGUGUUGCGAUAUGCGUAUAUCCAAAAACCUGUUGAUAUCCACGUCUUUCAUAGUGUUUAAAAGUCUGUGUUUUUCUCCUCACAACUAGAACUGUUGGCGUCUCUUUUGGGCACGCAUCUCUACGCCAGCAGGCCAGAGGCUGUGUCACAAACUGCAUUUAAACUCCGAACUAAGAUGCAUAUUCUGAGUGCGUUGUACACAUGUCCAGAUGAAGCUAUUAAAACCUGAAUAAUACCGGCAUAUCCCACCUGUCUUAAUCUGAACAUGCUACUUUCGGAAAAAUUGUAAACUUAAUUUGCUGUUUACAUGGCCGCAUCAAACUUAGAAUAAUAGUGGAAUAUUAGCGUGCAUGUAAACGUCCCCACUUUCACUUUGGCUGGUGAUACUGUUCAGAAACAGUAUCCGACACUUCCUGCAGAGUGUACCUUUUCAGUUUAGUUUUUCUCUUAAGUGUGAAAAUGGCAAUUUUUGGCUGUUUUAUUUUGUUUCGGAGCACUUAUUAUAUUUACUUUAUUUAUAAAAAUGUCGCCCUCGGUUUUGUUUUAAUUGAUAUUUUCUGUUUUAAUUGAGACAAUGAAAAAAGAGACUCCUGGAAAUCAGAAGGGAUUUGUUGCGCACACGCUGUAGAUCUCAUGGAAACUUUUUUGUUGUUUCUAGCCACGUGACUUAAGAUGGUUUAAUACAGCCCCCGUAAACCCCGACCGUGGAUCGGCUCUGACUGUGACAGACGCCGACCUCGGAUCAGGGUUUAGGCUUUGUGGAUGGAGCAGAACUGUGGUUGUGUGAUGUUUGACUGACAGGCACUGUGUGAGGAAGAGGUUGAUUGACUCUAUGACUCUGUCCCUAUCCGAGUCUGGGAGCCCGUGUUCUGUGGAUGACUGAACCAGCGCUCGUGGAAAUGUGAACAGAAUUAUGUUAUUAACAACAAACAUGACGGGCGAUCAAAUAGGGUUUUUUUAUUUACACAACAAUUUAUUCUUAAAUGACAGGACGUCUUUUUGGACGGACAGACUUUGGAUUCUCCAUUUGGUUUGAUUUAGUGUCACACUCUUUAAUUACAGCCUUGAACUCCUUGGACAGUGUAGAACGUUAUAGUGUGACAUGCUGCUGUCACAUGCAGCGGUUUAAGCAUUAAUUCAUACGUCAGCGAGGCUCUGGUGAGUCUGAGAUGUUAUCCACAGAACACGUGCGCUCCCGGUCGACAUGAGAGUUCAAAUCACGAGUUAAUUGAGCAUCAAGAACUUGCCUCUACAUGACAGAUGUGUAGAGCAGCGUUUAUAACUGAAGUCUUUGAUUUCAUGGCCAAUUCUGUGCUUGGCCUGCGAAUAAUGCCAGAAUUGCAAUGUUGGAAAAAAAUCAGUGCAUCAACCAGGAAAAUAUUUAUAUUUCUGAAAAAUAAAAAAAAAGAAAGAAAGAAAUGCACUCCUAUUCACAAAAGUGCCAAUCCGACCAACAAAGACUGGAGGUUCUUAUGUAUCUGUCUUUGACUUAUAGAUUAUUUUUUUCUUUAUAUCUUUUAUUUACUUGAAUGUGCACACGUUUUGUGCAGAACAUUGCUGCUCUAUUUUCCUUAUCUUUAAAGUUACAUUAUUUGCCAUUGUUUCUUUCGAGAAGUGGCAUACUUUACUGUGGGCACCUAAAAUAAGGAAUUUAUGGAGAUCAAUUUGUCUCAAUUUUAUUUGUGCAAACUGAUCGAUAACCUGUGUGUUAAUGUGUAGUCUGUAAAUAUGAAGCAACUACAAAUACAUAAAAAAAAAAGAUUUGUAAACCCAAAAACUAUUUUGCAAAUACUCAAAUAUGGAGAUAGAUUUGUGUGGAUAUUAUUUGUGUGAGAAAAUCUAGAAUCUGUGUGUAAAUCUGUAAAUAUAAAAUUUAUACAAAUAAAAACUGCUUUGCAGAUAUGAAAUGGAUCUGUGUGCAUAAAAAAGUCAGAAAGCUUAGGAAAAUAUUCACAAAUGCAAUUUAUUUGUAAAUUAAUCAAAUGGAAAAAACAAUAUAAUUUAAUAUUUAAUGUAAUUUUUUUAUAAUAAAAAAAUAAUUAACAGAUUUUUUUUAAUUUGUUGAAUUUGCAAAAUAUUUUUAAGUUAAAUCUUUUUUUGUAUUUGUGGAAGGUGUUUCUUUUUUACAGAUUACUCAUUAACACAUGAAUUAUCGACGUGUUCACACAAAUAAUAUUGAGACAAAUCUAACUCCAUGGAAAUUGAAUCAAGGCAGAGUAAUUGUCCGGGGGGGGGGGGGUAUUACUUGAGUAACUGCAUUAAACUGGUCUUUCCAGCCACUUGUCAAUUGGUGUGAUGAUCCCCACUAUUACAGUCUUUUAAUGGUUUUCACUGUGCAUAGCUAUGCUGCAUAUGUUUUGGAAUCAAAGUAUUUCAUGCAGCGGACAGUAGAAUAUUAUAUUAAGCAUUUUCUGGAGGUCCCGGCCUGCAGCCAGCCCCUCUCUGUGCGCUGAUAGAAAUAUUGUACAUGUGGCACAUGAUGCAAACUGUGGAAACUGAAGCGACUAUCAUAGCAGACAAUUGCAGGUACUAACCUUCCUGUCAUAGUUUACCAAAGUUUUGUCAUCCUGAAGGCUGGUUGAAAUGAUUUACUUGAUGUCUUGUUUUCAAUAUUCGAUUCAUGUGAUUGGCUUGACCCAGUCAGUGACUGAGAGGUUGCUUCAGGCCACUUAAAACUUGCUUCUUUUCAUUAGAAGCUGCAAUAGCUCAGUCCCUCUCUUCUCAGUUUUAUUAUUUCUUUUCUCUCAAGUUCAAGUACUGUUUAGGGAGUUAGAAAAAAAAAGAAAUCUGCAAAAUGAUUCUGAAGACUGCAAUAAAUAUUGUCCAAAAUCAGGCACCCCAGAGGCAAAGAUCCACCUUCAAAGUGCUCUCAAAGGUGACACUCCUUCCACUGGGUGGAGCUAACAGAGGCGACUACUUGACAUUUUUCUAAGAUAAAAUCUGGGAUUCAGAAAUUGUGCAGUGAUUUACAUUAAAGUAUUAUAAGUUAAACUAUAUGUAUGUUCUGAUACAUUGACAGGGAUUCAGAUGCAAUUCUAAUCACUUCUGAGAAGUGGAUAAAAAGCCUCAUUAGAACACGUCACAGGAAAAAAAAGAAAAUAAAAUAGGAGGUGAGGAUACAAGCCUUUUCUGCUUUUCUUGAUCUUUUUCCUGAUCAGGAUAUUCUGGGCUAUAUUUUUGGAUAACUGUGUUUAGAGUAAAAGUUUGUCCUAGUCAGGCUGCAUGAUCAGGAACCUUGUUAUCUAUAGGGGAAUGAACAGACAUCACUAAAUAUCUCAAAUCUGACUUGUCUUCCGUCCUAGAAGCUGUUCAUGUCUAUAUCAGAAUCUAAAGCCAUGCUUGGCUUGGUCAAGUAAUGUUGUCUAACGCUACAAAUGUUUACAAUGCUACAUGUUUGUAAAGAUACUUUUCAUAUGCCAUCACUGACCAGUCCUGAUGUUUUCUCUGCUCUGGUCCUCUCAUUUCUUUUACAUGUAUUUAUUUUCUCUAUUCUUGUUUAUGAUUUUUCAUUUGCUCAAAAUUACCCAUCUUAAACUGUGACUUGACUUGACUUUACCGACGGUAUGAAUGAGUGACGAGAAACUUAUACACUUCAACUGAACAUGACACACAAACAUGAACAUGAAAACAAAAAAAUACAUACAGGAAACAGCAACAAUAUUAAAAAUGUAAAGGAAAAUAUACUGAAUUUAAAUUGUUCAGUGAAAAUACUGUACCAAACAAAUAAAGUUAUGUUGCAACC